UGGAAACUUCCGGAACAUUGACACGUAGUAGCUAUAACCAGUUAGUUCCGGUACUAGGUAGUUACCUUAGCUCUCUAGAUGUUUCUAGAACGUCUAACUAACAGGUAUAUAAACGGUGCUACAUAGAGUAAGAGACAGAGUGCGAGUUGAGUUGAUACGACGUUUGUAGUUCUUAGUGUGCUUUGUAUUAGAGUAUACAUAUUUCGAAAUUCCUAUUGUCUCAAGAACACAACAGGAUUUUGCUGGCGACGAGGAAAACAAUGUCUGCAGAGAUACAGCAACUCGUUUCAGUUCUUCAGGAACAAAUCCGCUUGACGCAACAGCAGCACAAGGAGGAAAUGGAACAACAACGAGAGAUACACAUGCGGCAGAUUGACAUUCUGGAACGUCAACUCAAAAAAAGCCACUCCACUGUACAUCGUCCUGAUCAGAAGUUUCAACCGUUUGACUCAACGUCCGAACUAUGGAGAGACUAUUGGUCAAGGUUUCAGACUUUCACUGAGGCAAACUCUUUACCAGAGGAAAAGCUAGCAUUGGUCUUUCUAACCAAUCAAUCCAGUGACGUCUUCAAACUAAUUGACAAUUAUGCAUCACAACUGACUCCACCUACGUCAGCCAAUAAACUGUCUAUGAACCAAAUACAGGAGUUCAUGUCCCAACAUUUUGAUCCCAAACGAUUUGUGGUGAGAGAACGUUUUCGCUUCUGGAGCGAGAUCAAACGAAAACCAGGAGAAACCCCUCACGAACUCGCUGCCAGAGUACGUCAGAUGGCUACAACUUGCGAUUUCCCAUCAAUAAAAGACCCCCUAGAUGAAGCUAUGCGCAGUUGUUUCUUGUGUGCAAUUAACAAUGAAGCUGUGCUAAAAGCUGCCUUCAAAACUAAGGAGGAGGAUCUCACGUUUCAGAAUGUGGUUCAGAUCGCAACGGAAGUAGAGGAAGCAGCCAAGACCGCGAAAGCUCAAGUGUAUGCCAAACCGGAUAACGUUCCUGUUCACAAAAUCACCAGCAAAUCUCGACUAUCGACGCCUAAGCCACACUCAAAACAGGCGCUUUCCACUUCAACAGACCACAAGCCAUGUGCUAGUUGUGGAAAGAAGGAUCACCCUAGAGACAAGUGUCGUCACAGGGAUGCAGAGUGCCAUUUCUGCAAAAAGAAGGGACACAUCGAAGCUGCCUGUCGAAGCAAACAGACCAAGAAAGUAAGAUGCAUCACUUCAGUCAAUACGGUACGCAGCCAGGAUAUUCCUCAGUUGCAAAUACAAAUCUCUCAGAACGGGAAGCAACACUCAUACCUGGUAGACACCGGUGCCAGAAUGAACUUUAUAUCUUUGGCACGAUGGAAAGCGAUUGGUAAGCCACCAAUCCAACCGACUACAGAAGAAUAUCGUUCAGCAUCAGGACACAACAUACCAAUUCUGGGUACUACAUGCGUAGAAUCUUCUCUACUGACAGGGGAAGACAAGGAGGUUCUCAAAAAACAACUGGAAUUUACAGUUACGAAAUUGAACCUCAAUCUCAUUGGACUGCAAACAUUAUUGGAUUGCGAUAUCAGCAUACUAGACAGCCUCAUUUGCGAGACCGCACAGAACACAUCUGUGUGUACAGUCUCAGAUCACACAUCUCUCCAAAAAGCAUGUCAGCAACUCACACAAGAGUUUCCUGAUCUUUGGAAAAACGAGCUUGGAUGCCUCAAAGACUUUCAGUUGGAGGUGAAAUUCAAGUCAGACGCCAAACCAGUUUUCUGCAAACCGCGCACAGUGCCAUUUGCACUACUGGACGACCUGUCUCUAGCCUACAACAAGGGUAUUGACAGGGGCUUAUGGAAACGUGUGCAGUUUAAUGAUUACGGAACACCAGUCGUUCCAGUAAGGAAGUCACCAUCAGCUAGUCACCCGCAAGGAAGCAUCAGAGUGUGUGGAGAUUACUCUGUAACAGUAAAUCCGCAGCUGGAGACACAUCGGCACCCGCUGCCGCUUCCUGAAGAUCUCAUGCACAGAUUGGGCGGUGGUUACUAUUUCUCAAAGAUUGACUUAGCCGAUGCCUACAACCAAAUUCCACUUGGUCCAGAAAGUCAAAAACGACUUGCUCUCAGCACGCACAAAGGAGUGCUCUUGCAAAAACGCCUACCCUACGGUAUCAGUUCUGCACCAGGAUAUUUUCAGGAGAUCAUGGAACAGCUCACCAGUGAUCUCUCAGGAGUAGCAGUAUAUCUGGACGACAUACUCGUCAGCGGGAGAAAUGCAGAAGAUCACUUGCACAAUCUCCGAGGGCUACUCAAAAGACUCAAUGACAAGGGACUCAGAUGCAGACUUGAAAAAUGUGCUUUUGCUCAGUCGCGAAUCACAUACUUAGGCCAUACGCUUUCGCUACAAGGCCUUGCCAAGGGACCAAAGGUGGACGCGGUAAUGCAGAUGCCGCCACCAAAAGACGUUGCCACACUAAAGUCAUUUCUCGGAUCGAUUCAAUUCUACCGCAAGUUUCUGCCUAAUCUAGCGACGGCAGCAGAACCUUUGACACGACUCACUAGGAAGGACGUUCGAUGGAAAUGGACUACUACAGAACAAACAGCAUUCAAUGACCUGAAGGCAAUGCUGAACACGGACACGGUUCUGGCUCAUUUCAACCCAUCCUGUCCUAUCGGUAUUUCUUGUGACGCGUCAGAUGUUGGAAUUGGUGCUGUGUUGUUUCAUCGAUAUCCAGAUGGGAGCGAGCGACCAAUCGCCAACGCGUCCAAAACUCUUUCCUCAGCACAGAAGAAGUACUCACAAAUUCAGAAAGAAGCUUUGUCCAUCAUUUUCGCUCUACACAAGUUUCAUCAAUUUCUUUAUGGAAGACACUUCAUUCUCGUGACAGACCACAGACCUCUUCUUGCUAUGUUUGGUCCUCACAAAGCAACACCAGUCAUUGCUGCCAAUCGAUUAGCAAGAUGGGCUCUUAUGCUCAGUCAAUACGACUACACAAUCGAGUAUCGUGAAACGUCAAAGCAUGGCAAUGCGGAUGCCCUGAGUCGCCUACCGGCAGAAUCCGACCCCAACUUUGACAGAAAGGAAAGCGAUAGUGACAUCGACACGGUAUGUCUCAUCAACACUAUCAGCACUCAGAUCAAUUCCGGCGACCAGAACAAACUUCGAAAGGAGACCGCCAAGGAUCCAGUCAUAACCGAAGUUUUGAGAUACGUUAGAGAAGGGUGGCCAAAACAAGUUUCAGACUUACUCAAGGAUUUCAAGACAAAGGAAAACUCACUGACCACUAUCAACGGAUGCCUAAUGUAUGGAAAUCGCGUAGUGAUACCGCGAAGUCUACAACCGGAAGUGCUAAAAAUCCUACACGAAGGACAUUUUGGUAUGCAACGAAUGAAGCAACUUGCUCGGACAGCAGUCUAUUGGCCAAGAAUCGAUGCCGAUAUUCAAGACACUUGCCAUCGGUGCACAGCUUGUGCCGAACACCAGAACAAGCCUGCAAAAGCAGCAAAUCACCCGUUGAUGUUACCGGAAAAGCCGUGGAGUAGAGUACACGUUGAUCAUGCCAUUGAUUUUAUGGGACACAAUUGGCUUGUCGUUGUGGAUUCAUAUUCCAAGUACCCGUGUAUUCACCCCACCAGCUCAACUUCUACCAAGUCAACAACACGAUUACUUGAGGAAGAUUUCGCACAUUUUGGAUAUCCUCAUGCUCUUGUGUCUGACAAUGCUACUAGCUUCACGUCACAAGAAUUCAAGACUUGGUGCCAAGAGAGAGGGAUUGUUCAUUUGACUGGCGCACCAUAUCACCCAGCCACCAACGGUGCCGCUGAGAGGCUAGUACAAACGUUCAAAAAUUCCCUCAAGAAGUCCAGUAAACCACCCAGGGAAGCUCUCCAGGAGUUCCUUAUGCAAUACCGGCGAUCACCAUUACCAAGUGGCUACUCUCCCAGUGAGCUGCUCAACAACAGGUUGAUCAGAGCCAAAAUCGACACAUUGGUGCCAUCACCUGCUCAUGAGGCACAAGGUCGUCAGGCUAGGGAAGCCACGAAGUCACAGGCGAAGGAGUUCCAGAACGCUGUUCACAAGGUUAACAAUAAUUACUAUCAAGUGGGUAGACCGUGCUACGCUCUCUACUGUGGACCACGUCGCACCAGCGAUCCAAGAUGGGUUCCAGCUACAGUAAUUCGAGUGCACGGCUCACGAAGCGUGAACGUGAAAGUACACCCACGAGGGCCAAUCUGGUGGCGGCACAUCGAACAGCUGAGACCACGCUAUGGUGUAGAAGAAGACACAGAUCCAGGUACAGACCCAGGGGAUCUUAUACACGUGCCUUCACCAACCCUUCAACCAGAUGUUGAAACCAACAGCCAGGAAUGUCAACCAAGCGCACCUCAAUAUGGACCGGGCAACCCUCGACGAUCUACAAGGAUUCGUAAACCAAAGAAGGUUUGGAAUUGCUGACGUCUUGUCCACCUUCAUAAGAUCGAGUUCAAGACUAAAGGGGGAGGUGUUCUGGAAACUUCCGGAACAUUGACACGUAGUAGCUAUAACCAGUUAGUUCCGGUACUAGGUAGUUACCUUAGCUCUCUAGAUGUUUCUAGAACGUCUAACUAACAGGUAUAUAAACGGUGCUACAUAGAGUAAGAGACAGAGUGCGAGUUGAGUUGAUACGACGUUUGUAGUUCUUAGUGUGCUUUGUAUUAGAGUAUACAUAUUUCGAAAUUCC